AUGGUGCAGACCCUCUUGGUGAAGUUACAAAAUCGUCUGCAGGCAUUAAGAAAGGAGCUUGCCAAUAGUGUCCAACUUAAAACUGAAGAAGAAGAAAGAGCUCAAGAACUUCAGGCUGAAGUUUUACAAAAAGGUCAAAUGGUGACUGCAGGCUUUGAAGGUUUGCGACAACUUCUGGCUGUUGAAGAAACAGCCAUCAAUCACCGUUUAGAAAACCUUGAGGGAGCAAUUAAACAGAGGAGAAACAAGUGUGUUAGCAGGCUCAAUGAAAAGGUGUCAUCGCUCCAAAAAGUCAUCACUCACCUUGAAAAAAGUUUUCUCAUUUCAAACAGCCAUAAUUGUCAGGGGCAGAAAUCUUCUGUCGGCAGACAUUCCUCAACUUCCUCAUCCAAAACACUCCUCAUUCUGUCUUUACGUGUUCCAUUAUCCCUGGACCUGAAAACUGUCAACAGACAACAUGUGAAAUAUGUGGAAGAUGCACUGCAUUUGGCCCCAUGUCCAGAGAGGUUCGACUCAAAACCAUGUGUUUUGGAAACCACCGGAUUCAGAUUAGGGAAACAUUAUUGUCAGGUGGAGGUGGGAGGAGGCAUAUACUGGACCACUGGAAUUGCUAAACAGUCUGUUUGCAGAAAAGGAAUGUUUAGAAUUGAACCAGGUAGAGGAAUAUGGGCAAUUGGUCUACUUGGCAUGUAUACAGAUAGAUACUAUGCUUUCACCAACCCUGAUACUCUCUUGAAUCCUAAGGAACAACUGGAAAGAGUUGGAGUCUUCUUGAACUGUGAUGAAAACUCUACCCAUCUGUAG